AUGUCCGCCGUAAAAAGGCCUACUCUUCUAUGGGCUCAACGAAGCUCGUCCAGUAUCAAACAAAAGAAUUAUAUCUACCUCACCGUAGAUCUUCCUGGGAUAGUGCACUCAACCGUGGUGUACGACAUUACAAAUACCUCCUUUUCCUUGAAAGCCAACGCAAAAGAUGAAGGCGAAGAUGACCUUGAAUAUACCGUUGCCUUUGACUUUCAUGCGAAAGUUGAACCGCCGGCAUUGGUGAAACAGAGGACAGACCAUUCAGUGACAUUUGUCAUCUUCAAACACGAUCUGACCAUUCGAUAUUGGCCGCGACUGUCUAGUAAUCCUGAGCUAACCAAUGUGAAGACGGAUUUCAGCCGCUGGACCUGGGAAGGGGACGAAUCAGAUGCCCCUGAAGACGAAAAUCAGCGUGUUGAUGUCAUCGAUAAGAAUUGUGGUGUUCGGAGUGUAGACCCUACAGAUACAGCCCGUCCCUUCCCAGAUUCACGUUGGGUUGCGGCUCCAAAGGGCAUGUUUGGGGAUCUCUUCUGGCCUGAGAAGUUAAAGACACACAACAAAGGCCCAUCAUCCAGCAUGCCCUCAGCAACUCCUCAUCUGAAAUGGGCCCAGAGAAGUUCUGCGACGGACAAGAUAAAGAACAUCAUUUGGCUCACAAUCAUGAUCCCUCACAUCCUGGAAUCUACUUUGACCUGCAAAGUCACUGAUACAAGCAUCUCAUUCAAUGCAUGUGGCAGGGAAGGAUACGAUGAACGUCGGUUUGUUCUUGAACUCGAAUUGUACAGUGACGUCGAGGAGGUUUCACGAGAACUUUCAGAACAAUUUUUUAUGAUAAUCCUUCACAAGAGAGUGAUGACUGCGCGUUUUUGGCCUCGUCUACAGAAGGACGUCAGAAUUUCCCCUUAUAUAGGAGCUGAUUUUAGGCGAUGGACGUGGGAAGGUGACGAUUCUGAAGAUGUAGCAGUUGAUGAAAAGACAGCGAUAGGAUAUAACGGAUCUAUUUCCGAGAAGGCUGAAGAAUGUGAACAAUUAGGGAUAUUUUUUAUAAAGCGGUUUGUUCGUCUUCAGCAUCACGACGAUUUGAACAUGGCAGUUUCCAAAUUCAAAGAGGCGGUUAAUUUGACUUCCGACUGGCAACUGGAGAAGCCGGAACGUCGAAAUAUGCUAGCAUGUACCUUUGCAGGUCGUUUUGAGCACUGGGGUAACGUGGAGGACCUUACCGCCGCCAUAGAGAUACUGGAAGAUACAUUGGAAAGUGUCCCAUCCAGUCAACCGUUGCACUUGACGUUGCUGAACCACCUAGGCCAUUGUUUUGAGCUUCUUUUUGAGCGAAGAGGGGAUCACACGUAUAUUGAUCGCUCCAUAUCUCUCCUCCGCCGUGUUGUGGACCACACAUCCGCUGAUGACUCUGAGCUCUCUACCAGAUUGAAUACUCUCGGACUUUCACUGCUUCGUCGCUUUGAAAGAUUUGGGGAUUUUGCUGACAUUGAUUCUUCAAUUUACCAUCACCAACUCGCUGUUGAACUGGUUCAUGAAGGCCACCAAAAUUUUAGUGGUUGUCACCAUAGCCUCGGCAUAUCUUUGUUAUGCCGUGCAAAGAAAAAUGGCAAUUUGGAUGAUAUUGAUCUAGCAAUACACCACCUAACCAAAGCCUUUGAAUCGUGUAUACAACUACAUAGGGCAGUUUCUUUGCAUAGCCUUGGCACUUCUUAUAUGUGUCGAUUCGAAAUGAAAGGUGAUCUCGCCGAUAUUGAUACCGCCAUACUUCACCUUCAGCAAUCAAUCUUCCUCAGUAAAAUCGACGACCCCCUUUUACCUGGCCAUUUCAUCAACCUCGGCGCAUCUCUACUGUGUCGGUUUGAACGAACACAUGUUCUUGCUGACGUCGAUGCUGCUAUUAAUCAUUAUACAAAGGCAGUAGAGUUGACGCCUCUUGGACAUCCUAAUCUUGCUGGACGUUAUUCCAACCUUGGAAAUUCGUACAGAUUUCGUUUGGGAGCUUUAGGCCACCGGGAAGAUGCUGAUUCUUCCAUCCUUAACCAUCAGAAAGCGGUGGAAUUAACGCCGGCUGGUCAUGCUCAACUUCCAACAUUUCUUACAAACCUUGGGAGCUCGUAUAUCCAGCGAUUUGAAUUGUUUAAGGAUGGAGCUGAUGCUGAUCAGGCGAUACUCUACCACAGACAGGCCGCCGACCUAACCUCUUCUCCUGCACAACUUCCUGGGCGCCUUAACAAUCUAGGAGGCUCCUAUCUGUCUCGUUUUAACUUCGGUGAUAACAUCGUAGACGUUGAUGCAGCAAUAUCUCUGUUUCAACAAGCGCUAGACGUAACCCCACAUGGCCAUGUUUCUCUUUCCGAAAGGUUUUACAGCCUUGCACUAUGUCACCAAGGACGCUUCCAGAAGACCUUCGACACUACUGAUAUCACCUGCGCGUUAUCAUGCCUUUGUCAAGGCGCUGAAGCACCUGGUCCACCUUCUUCACGUUUUUCUUGUGCCAGCACGGCAGCAACAUUGUCGCAGGAUAUUGACCCUAUUCCCAACCCGUCGAUGUAUCUUUUCGGUCUUGCCAUCAGCUUGCUCUCAGAAAUUGCUGGGAUAGAACAGACCAUACAUCGUCGUUACGCUAACCUUCAAGGUAGCGCUGGUUUUGUCCCUCGGGGUGUUGCCGCGGCACUAGACCACGGAAGGCCUGACCUUGCUAUUGAAUGGCUUGAGCUAGGUCGGUGUUUGGUCUGGAACCAGAUCGACAGGCUUCGUACCCCAAUCGACCAAUUGCGGGACAAGAAUCCCUUGCUUGCCGACAAGUUCACGCGUAUUGCAAAGAUGCUGGACACUCUUGGAGCGCGAUCCGAAACCAACAACCCGUCUUCUUCUAUGGAAGACGACAUUCGUAUCCAAGAUCAGACUCUACUCCAUACACGUACUGCUGAGAGUUAUAAGGAAGUGCUGCAAGAAAUUCGCAGCCUUUCUGGUUUUGAGGAUUUCCUUCAGCCGGCUAAAGCCACCAGCCUACUUGCAUCUUUACCUCCUAAUGGCGCGGUGAUAUUAUUCAGCAUAGGAACGGACCGCUGCAACGCACUUGCGCUAGCGGGUGGGUUAGACCAGCCACUUUACGUCCUUCUUGACAACUUUAACUACGAGCUGGCAAGGAGUCUUCAAGGUACCCUUCAGGAUGAUAUCCAUAAUCAUCGUAUGGCAAGGGAUCUCAAUCGGGGUGCUAUAGACCAUGUUGAUAGUUCCAUCGUGCUCACACUGGAAGUACUAUGGCACAAGGUAGCCAAGCCUAUCCUUGACGCUCUCAGAUAUACUAUUCCUCUCAACCGAGCCGAUCGUCCACGUAUUUGGUGGUGUCCUUCAGGCCCGCUCUCGUUUCUCCCGCUUCACGCGGCUGGCCUAUACAGCUCACAAAACCCGACAUGUGUGUCUGACUAUGUCGUGUCGUCAUAUACACCAACUGUCAGAUCUCUCAUCGAGAAAUUCCAAGCUUCCAAGUCUCCUUCGUCUUCGAGAAGUAAAGCCGGCCUCCUCCUUAUCAGCCAGCCAAACACACCGGGUCUUCCGGCUAUACCAUCCACCAUACGCGAAACAAAAUCACUCAAGGCAACGAUGGAUAGACAGGGUGUACGAACACUGUUGUUAGAACAUGACGAGGCCACUCGCGAGAAAGUCAAGGAAGAAUUGAACUCAUACAGUUGGGUACAUUUCGCAUGUCAUGGGGUCCAGGAUGCAAAAAAACCCCUCGAGAGCGGCCUUUGCCUCCAUGAUGGCCGUUUGGAUUUGCUUGAAAUUAUGAAGGAGCGGGUUCAGGAACCCCAGUUAGCGUUUUUGUCUGCUUGUCAAACUUCGACAGGAGAUUUUGCGCUGUCUGAAGAGGUGGUUCACCUGGCCGCUGGGAUGCUUGCCGCGGGAUAUCGCGGGGUGGUUGGGACGAUGUGGAGCAUCUCGGACGAGCACGGUCCAUUGUUUGCAGAGGAGUUUUAUAGGUAUUUGUUAGGCAGGAUGGGACCGAACGGAUUGGACGGUAGUCUUGCAGCCUACGCCCUCGACCACGCCACGUCGGUGGUUCGACAGAAACUUGGAAAUAGUGAGCAUGGACUACUGAAAUAG